GGCGGCGCUGACCCCGCUGCCGCCGCCACCGCUGCUGCUAUUUGUGCCGCGGGCCCGAGCUCUGCGGGGCGAUGCACCCCGGAAGUGAGUCUCCCGGCCGGCGACUUCCGCUGGAAAUACCUGGUUCUCCUCUUCUACCCGCUCGACCUGGUCCACACCCCGCGCCGACAAGGAGGCCUGGGGCCGGUUCGGAUCCCGCUCCUCUCGGACCUCAGCCGCCGGAUCGCCAAGGACUACGGGGUUUUCAUCAAGGACGCGGGCCACGCGCCGAGGUCGGGAAAUCCAACGCCGUCCGGGACGCUGAGCGACCUCCCCGUGGGGCGGUCGGCGUACGAGACGCUGCGCCUGGUGCAGGCCUUCCGGUUCGCGGACAGGCACGGGGAAGACAACCCCGGGCCCGGCUGGGAAACUGAACUGACAGACGCCUCCUGGCUGUGACGUCCCCGUGUCGGCUGCCGCUGUGAUUUCCCCUCCCCCUUUUCCCGCCAGGGCGGCCUCACCGUCGCCGCGCGGCUGGGCGUGACCUCGAAUCCCGGUCCUGCCCCGGCCGGGCACACGCGCUGCCCGCUGAGCCGCACGCCCCCUCUUCCUUCCUCCGCGCUGAUAAACCACACCCACCCGCGGGACGUCACUCGGGAUCAGACCCCGCCCACUGCAGUCACGCCGCUCAGCGAUAAGCCCCGCCCACCAGGGCGACGUCAAUCAUAGACUCUGACUCCGCCCACCGCGGUGACAUCGGCCAACUAGCCCCGCCCGCUAGAAGGAUGUCACUCACGACCCUGGCUCCACCCACUACUGGGGUGUCAGUCAUCAUCAUGAGCCACGCCCACCAGGGGUGAUGUCAUACAUAGAAUCCGACUCCGCCCACCACGGCUGGUGUCACUCACAGGCCCAGGCCCCGCCCACCAUGCUGGCGUCACUCAUACUCUAGGCCCCGCCCAAGACCAUGACAUCAGUCUCAGCUCCGCCCACCACACUGAUGUCACUCCCGUGCUUAGCCCCGCCCACCACCCACCCACAUCACUCGCAGCCCGAGGCCCCGCCCACCGCGUGCUCCCCUCAGGCCGCGACAACGCGCGUGAGGUCCCGAGUGCGAACACGGGUGGCGUGUUCGCCGUCAUACGUCCGUCACGUGUGUGCGUGACGUCGCCCCCGUGGGCCCGGCGCCCGCCGCGCAGACCCCGCGUCGCCACCACACGGCCCGACGUCGAGAAAACCGUUUAUUGGCAUCGUGUUCCCCUCCCCCCGCUCUGUGCGGACUCUCCCGGGUCCCACACGUAUGACACACGCAUGACGGUUACGAUGGUUCCCCGCGCCCCCCCCCCCGCGGUUACAAAGUUUCCUUAAAUAGAGUCCCGGGCCGCGGCCACGGCGGCUGCAUCCGUGUUUCUCGUUUCCUACGUUUAU